AUGAAUAUUUUGCUACGAAUACAACGCCUAACAAGGCUACCUAACAAAAAAUCUUUAGAAAUUUGUAAACGUUACACUAACAAUGACCGCGUUAGUUAUAAAAAUAAAAUAAAAAGUGGUCCCGGAUUGAAAGAGUUUAUCAUAGGAAACGUCGACCCGGUUAAUACGGAUGUACCAUAUAUUCCCUAUUUGCGCCAAAACUUACUGAUACCAAAAAAAAGAAAAAUUUACUUCGAUGUGUACGGAUGUCAAAUGAAUUUGAAUGACACCGAAAUAGUUUGGUCAAUAUUAAAAAAUGAAGGUUUUGAGAAGACGGAAAACGAAGAAGACGCUGAUGUUUUCCUAGUAAUGACGUGCGCGAUCCGGGAAGGAGCGGAAACUAAAAUAUGGCAUCGUUUAGAUCAUUUACGAGGUUUUAAACGUAGAGCAAUGAAAAAUAAAAAUAGACCAGUGAAAAUUGGUAUUCUCGGCUGUAUGGCUGAGAGAUUGAAAGAGAAAUUAAUUGAGAAAGAGAAGUCUGUUGAUGUUGUGGCAGGACCAGAUAGCUACAGAGAUCUUCCACGGCUACUGGCCCUGACUGAUAAUGGGCAGACAGCUGUCAAUGUCCUCCUGUCAUUAGAUGAGACAUAUGCUGAUGUGGUGCCAGUCCGAUUAAACCAGGAUUGCAUUUCGGCCUUUAUUUCUAUAAUGCGCGGAUGCGACAACAUGUGCACAUACUGCAUAGUGCCAUUCACGAGAGGCAGAGAAAGGUCCAGGCCGGUCGACUCCAUUGUGGAGGAGGUUCAGCAGCUUGCUGACCAGGGAGUCAAGGAGGUCACACUGCUGGGUCAAAAUGUGAAUAGUUACAGAGACAUUUCCAAGGCUACUGAAAAAACUAAUACCAGUGUUGCUAAAGGGUUCAGAACGGUGUACAAGAAUAAGAAAGGCGGUUUAAGGUUUGCUGAUCUGCUGGAUAAAGUGUCCUCUGUUGAUCCUGAAAUGCGAAUCAGGUUCACUGCCGCACACCCCAAAGAUUUUCCGGAUGAGGUACUACAGAUAAUAUCGGAGCGUCCGAACAUAUGCAAGAUGUUGCAUCUGCCAGCGCAGUCUGGCUCCACCGCGGUGCUGGACCGGAUGAGGAGAGGGUACACCAGGGAAGCCUACUUGGAACUGGUCGACCACGUCAAGAGCUGCAUACCGGCCGUCGGUCUGUCCACGGAUAUGAUCUGUGGGUUCUGCGGAGAAACCGAAGAGGAGUUUGAGGAGACGCUAUCUCUGAUGGAGCUCGUGGAUUACAACACGGCGUUUUUGUUUCCGUACAGUAUGAGGGAGAAAACAACAGCGUACAGACGGUAUGAGGACGACGUGCCUGAUCACGUUAAGAAGGAAAGACACGGCCGCCUGUUGGAGGUAUACCGACGGAAGAGUCAGACGUUGAACGAAGCUGAAGUUGGCAACACUCACUUAGUGCUCGUCGAGGGUGUAGUAAAAAAAACCGGGCAGCUAUACGGCAGGAACGAGGUCUACAUGAAGGUCGUGUUCGACGAGGGGGAGAUCAUGAGCGAUGAUGGGGGGAAGAGGGCCAUGAGAAUAGGGGACUACGUUGCCGUCAAGAUUGUGGGGGCAAAAUCCUCUGUUCUGAGCGGAGUGCCGUUGUGCCAUACUAGUUUAUCGGAAUUUUAUAGAGAACGAAUUUGGGGGGAAAACAGUAUUGAAUUGUGAUUGUAUUGAUGAAUAGCUCUCAUCGGUGCUCACAUUGAGGGUUCACACAGAACUAUAGAGGAGUUAUAGGUGGCGCGGGAGUCGUUACAGCCAUCACAGAGUUGCAGCGAUUAUCGACUAGGUGUCGCUAGUUGUAAAUAAAAAUUGUUCACAAUA